AUGUGUACGAACAGAACAAAUCUAUCUCUCUAUGCCUCUUCAUCUAUCUAUCUAUCUAUCUAUCUAUACAUGCAUACCUUGAAAAGUUAUCUUACAUUAAAAUCUAUCUAUCUAUCUAUUUCAGCCUUAUUAACAACAUCUAUCUAUCUAUCUAUCUAUCUAUCUAUCUAUAUUCACGCCUUAUUAAUAUCUAUCUAUCUAUCACUUUCAGCCUCAUUAAUAUCUAUCUAUUCCAGCCUUAUUAAUAUCUAUCUAUCUAUCUAUCUAUCUAUAUUCACGGUAUCUUCGUAUCUAUCUAUUUCAUCCUCAUUAAUAUCUAUCUAUCUAUCUAUAUUCACGGUAUCUUCGUAUCUAUCUAUUUCAGACUCAUUAAUAUCUAUCUAUCUAUCUAUAUUCACGGUAUCUUCGUAUCUAUCUAUUUCAGCCUCAUUAAUAUCUAUCUAUCUAUCUAUCUAUCUAUCACUUUCAGCCUCAUUAAUAUCUAUCUAUUCCAGCCUUAUUCAUAUCUAUCUAUCUAUCUAUUUAUCUAUUAUUUUCAGUCUGAUCAAUAUAUCCUUCUUUCGGCGAUACUUCGAAAUCUAUAGGCUGGCCACAAAACAUUGUCCUAGAGUUUGCAUAUAUCAGGGCCGAAGGAUAUGUAUAUGCAGCGCCUUACUUUUUUUCAAGGAUCAUUUUCUGUGUUAUAGAUCAUUUUCACUAUCCUCUUUGUACUCAUGA